AUGCAAAAUACAACAAUAGUAUUUUAUAACAUUAUCAAUGAUAAAGAAGAUAAAAAUUCACAAAAUGUGUUUUAUAUUUCCAAACCACCAAAUUUAAUAACAUUAAAAGAUAUUAGCGAUGGAUUUCCUUUACCCGGAACAUAUCAUUUUAGAUUUAAAAUAAAUCACAAUAAUAAUACUGUAUGGGUUGACAUUACUGAUAGUUCUUCGAAUAUCCCCACUUUUAAUUCUUCCAUAUGCAUGAAGGUUUUGAGAUUAAGUUGGUUAAAUAAUAAAAAUGAUAAAGGAAGUUUAAACGAUAAAAUUGCUAAUGAUCAUAAUUUGACACCCUCUUGUGAAAAUGAUAAAAUAAUUUUUGAAGAAAAAAAAAUAAAUAUAAACGACUCUACGAAUCUAAAUAAAUCAAAACCAAACAUUGAUAUGUUGUUAUUUGAAACAACACCAAAUAAAACAACUCAUGGAAAUUUAAGGGAUAAAAAAGAACAUACUAAGGAUCAAAAUUAUUUCGAUUUGAUGUUUAAUUAG